CAGCAUGUCAUAAGAAUUUGAAGUUGUGAAGUCCUUCUUACAUAGUAUAGACAUUCUCAAGCCAUGAUUUGUAGACUUUUCACCAUCUACUUCACUUUCUUCUUAUGUUUGCUUUUUACCUUCUUCGUUCCUUAUGUUCAUAGCAAUAACCAGCUUGAUACCAAUUUCUAUGAUGGAUCAUGCCCCAAUUUGGCCACGAUUGUUAGAUAUGGUGUUUGGUCAGCCAUUAAAAAUGACAACAGAAUGGCUGCGUCCCUCCUUCGGUUGCACUUUCACGAUUGCAUAGUAAAUGGUUGUGAUGCUUCUGUGCUUCUUGAUGAUACCCCAUAUUUCACGGGCGAAAAGAAUGCUUCUCCUAAUCGCAAUUCACUUCGGGGGAUGGAAGUGAUUGAUAAUAUAAAAGAACAAGUUGAAAGGCAAUGUCCAUCAACAGUUUCUUGCGCUGAUAUCUUAUCCUUAGCAGUUAGGGAAGCUAUUGAUCUGGUUGGAGGACCUUCUUGGCCUGUUGCAUUAGGCCGAAGAGAUGCAACAAAAGCCAAUCGGAUGGAAGCUAAUCAACAAAUUCCUUCACCGUUCGAGCCUCUAGAUAACAUCAUUGCAAAGUUUACUUCAAAGGGUCUUAACUUGAGAGAUGUUGUAGCCCUUUCAGGGGCACAUACAAUUGGUUAUGCCCGAUGCUUGACCUUCAAAAGGAGACUUUUUGAUUUUCAAGGCUCUGGCAGACCUGAUCCUGUGCUUGCCUCUUCACUUCUCUCAAAAUUGCAAAGCACGUGUCCAAAUGGAGACACUUCAAACAGCUACAUUGCACCUCUUGAUUCUAAUACUACUUUGACCUUCGACAAUGAGUAUUAUAGAAAUCUCUUAUACAACAAAGGGCUUCUAGAAUCUGACAUGGCACUACUUGCGGAUCGAAGGACUUCUUCUAUGGCUUAUUUUUACAGCACCGACCAAUAUUCCUUCUAUAAUGAUUUUGCUGCAUCCAUGGUGAAGCUUAGUAAUGUUGGAGUACUUACAGGAAUACAAGGGCAAAUUAGAAGGAAAUGUGGCUCUGUAAACUAUUAAGUGCUUGUAUUUUCAACUUAGCAAAACCUCAACAAUGUAAUUGAGGAAGCCAAUGUAAGUCACUUGGAGCAUAAAUGCUAUCCUUCUGUAUAUUAUGUCAAGUCCAUCAUCAUUGUAGGUGUUGGCGUUACCCCAGGAAUAUUCAGAUUAGCCAUGUUAACUUUUAUGUCAAGAUCAUUCUGCUGAAAUAUGAAACCUUGAUGACAUCACUAUUUAUAAUUUUAUAUAUGCUUUGCUAUUUGUUUGUUUGUA